AUGGCGAUCUUUGGCCUUGCAGACUUGCUCUGCCUCCCUCCCUCGGAAGUCCUAGACUUCGUGGAUGGCCCAGUUUCUGGAGGACCAGAGUUUGAGGGAGUGGGACUCCCAGUGGGUGGCAGCCGCAGCCGCAGCCGCUCCCCGCGGAGGGAACGUAGGCGGUCCCGGUCCACAUCCUGCGAGAGAGAACACCAGCGCCGGGCAAGGUCCCGGUCACGGGAUAGAGACCGGAGAAGGAGCUGCUCCCAAUUCCCGCACAGAAGACACUCCAGAUUUCCAAGACGACAUAGAUCCACCUCUCCUUCCCCGUCUCGGCUCAAAGAAAGAAGAGAUGAGGAAAAGAAGGAAACAACAGAAGCAAAGAGCAACGAACGUCAGAACGCUGAGGAGGACUUGGAAGGCAAAACAGAGGAAGAAAUAGAAAUGAUGAAGUUAAUGGGGUUUGCGUCCUUUGACUCCACCAAAGGGAAGAAGGUAGAUGGUUCUGUAAAUGCUUAUGCCAUAAAUGUGUCUCAGAAGAGGAAGUACCGGCAGUAUAUGAACCGAAGAGGUGGAUUCAACAGACCUUUGGAUUUCAUUGCAUGAGAAUUGAAAAAUUGAAGACUGAUUUUUUUUCUCAUCUUGAUCAGAGAGUGGAUUUUAUACAUGUAUUUAU